AUGGUCACUGUAUCUCAUGCCUCAUCUGGUUUUCUUUCAGUGGAUGGAUGCAUUGAUUGGUCAGUUGAUCUCAAGACAUACAUGGCUUUGGCAGGCGAACCAGUCCGAGUGAAAUGCGCCCUUUUCUACAGUUAUAUUCGCACCAACUAUAGCAUGGCCCAGAGCACGGGGCUCAGGCUUAUGUGGUAUAAAAACAAAGGUGAUUUGGAAGAGCCCAUCAUCUUUUCAGAGGUCAGAAUGAGCAAAGAGGAAGACUCAAUAUGGUUUCACUCAGCUGAGGCACAAGACAGUGGAUUCUACACUUGUGUUUUAAGAAACUCGACAUAUUGCAUGAAGGUGUCAAUGUCCUUGACUGUUGCAGAGAAUGAAUCAGGCCUGUGCUACAAUAGCAGGAUCCGCUACUUAGAAAAAUCUGAAGUCACUAAAAGAAAAGAGAUCUCCUGCCCAGACAUGGAUGACUUUAAAAAAUCUGAGCAGGAGCCUGAUGUUGUAUGGUAUAAGGAAUGCAAGCCAAAAAUGUGGAGAAGCAUAAUAAUACAGAAAGGAAAUGCUCUUCUAAUCCAAGAAGUUCAAGAAGAAGAUGGAGGAAAUUACACUUGUGAACUUAAAUAUGAAGGAAAGCUUGUAAGACGAACAACUGAAUUGAAAGUUACAGCUUUACUCACAGACAAGCCUCCCAAGCCAUUGUUCCCUAUGGAGAAUCAGCCAAGUGUUAUUGAUGUACAGCUGGGUAAGCCUCUGAAUAUCCCUUGCAAAGCAUUCUUCGGAUUUAGUGGAGAGUCUGGACCAAUGAUCUACUGGAUGAAAGGGGAGAAGUUUAUUGAAGAAUUGGCAGGUCACAUUAGAGAAGGUGAAAUAAGGCUACUCAAAGAGCAUCUUGGAGAAAAAGAAGUUGAGUUGGCACUCAUCUUUGAUUCAGUGGUGGAGGCUGACCUGGCAAAUUAUACCUGCCAUGUGGAAAACCGAAAUGGACGGAAACAUGCCAGCGUUCUGCUGCGUAAAAAGGAUUUAAUCUAUAAAAUUGAGCUUGCAGGAGGUGUAGGAGCAAUCCUCCUUCUCUUUGUACUGUCCGUGAUCAUCUACAAAUGCUACAAUAUUGAACUGAUGCUCUUCUACAGACAGCAUUUUGGAGAUGAUGAAACUACUGAUGACAACAAGGAAUAUGAUGCCUAUCUCUCUUACACAAAAGUGGAUCAAGAUACUUUAGACUGUGACAAUCCUGAAGAAGAGCAGUUUGCUCUUGAAAUACUGCCAGAUGUCCUAGAAAAACAUUAUGGAUAUAAACUAUUCAUCCCAGAAAGAGACCUGAUUCCAAGUGGAACAUACAUUGAAGAUCUCACAAGAUGUGUUGAGCAAAGCAGAAGACUUGUUAUUGUGCUAACAUCAAACUAUAUUCUCAGACGAGGAUGGAGUAUUUUUGAAUUGGAAAGCAGACUCCAUAACAUGCUGGUCAGUGGAGAAAUCAAAGUGAUUUUGAUUGAGUGUACAGAAUUAAAAAGGAGGGUGAAUUGCCAGGAAGUGGAAUCACUAAAGCAAAGCAUCAAACUUCUGUCAUUAAUCAAGUGGAAGGGACCCAAAAGCAGCAAAUUAAAUUCUAAGUUUUGGAAGCACUUAGUAUAUGAAAUGCCCAUCAGGAAAAAGGAAGUGCUUUCUCGAUGCCACAUUAUGGACUCUGCAGAACAAGGACUUUUUGGAGAACUCCAACCUAUACCCUCUAUUGCCAUGACCAGUACCUCAGCCUCACUGGUAUCAUCUCAAGCUGAUCUCCAUGAUUUCCACCAUUCAGAUUCGAUGCAAAUGAGGCACUGUUGCAGAAGUUAUAAACACGAGAUGCCAACCAGCACCUUGCCUGUACCUUCCUUAAACAACCACCACACUUACUGUAACCUGCCUCUAAAGCUACUCAAUGGAAAACUACCCCUUAAUAAUCCCCUGAAAGAUACCCAGGAAUUUCAUAGAAACAGUUCCAUGCUACCUCUAUCAUCCAAAGAGCUUAGCUUCACCAGUGAUAUUUGGUAG